AUGGAGCCAGAGGAGAAGAGGGCUGCCUAUGCCUGUGACGUCACGUACGUGACGAACCAGCAGCUGGGCUUCGAUUAUCUUCGGGAUCAGAUGGCUUGUCGCCCAUCGGAUCUCCGGCUUCGCUCGGAGGAGCCGUUCUCUUGCGCCAUCGUCGACGAAGCCGACUCGGUGCUCAUCGACGAAGGGCGUACCCCCUUGGUCGUAUCCACUCAGUCAACGAUACCCUCCGAGAAGUACACCACAGCACUUCAAGUAGCAAGUCAGCUGGCGAAGUUGACGGACUACACCGUGCUUGAGAAAGAGAAAACAUGUGUUCUGACGGAAGUUGGAGAACUCAAAGUGUCGGCGGCUCUGGGCAAGGACGACCUUUUCGAUCCCCAGGAUCCGUGGGCACCUUUCAUCGUCAACUCGUUGACAGCCAAAGAGCUAUAUCAGCGAGAUCGGCAGUAUCUGGUUCGCGACGGCAAGGUGGUCGUAGUCGACGAAUUCACUGGGCGACCAGUUGAGGGCCGCAGCUGGAGUGACGGUUUGCAGCAGGCGUGGCGUGCAGUUUUGGGGGUCUCUAUUUCGGGAUCCGGACCUCAACCUGGACUGGUGUCUAGGGUUCAGUCUUGGGAGCGUUGGCUAAAGCAUCUGCCUUGA